AUGGACGACCAAGAAGUUGAUGCAGGAGUAGGAGAUACUCUGCAGGCGCGGUUGGAUGGUGUUCGGGCGCGCCACGAGGCUGGCGAGUACGACGAGGCGGACUUGGAGAUUUUGCUUCUAGGAACUCGUGCGCAGUGGGCGCGUGAGCAUCCCCCUCCCCGUGCUGAAGCGGACGGCGCGUCUGCCUCUCCCCGACCCGUGCACAACGAAGAACUGCUUCCACAGGCCAACUACGUCGCCCCGACAAAGCAGGGACGCCAACAGGGGCAGCGUGGGCUGUCUGGCGGAGGCGGUGGCUGGAAGUCGUCUAACGCGAAGUCGACGGAGGGCGCCGACCGCGGGAAGUCGGCGAAGAGAGGUGAUUGGAGCGGCAGUGGCUCUAGUUGA